AAGGCAAAGUGGCCAGGAUCCCAAACUGGCACAGCGUGUCCUGCGUUGUUGGCGACAGCGAGCGCUGGGUGUGUGAAGCCCCUGUUCGCGGCCAGCAGUGCGCCCCGGCUGCUCCCGAGGACGCCCGCCGGCCACCAUGGGCGCCCGAGUUCAGCCAGAUCGCAAACAGUUGCCGCUGGUCCUACUGAGACUGCUCUGCCUUCUCCCCACAGGACUGCCUGUCCGCAGCGUGGAUUUUAACCGAGGUACCGACAACAUCACCGUGAGGCAGGGGGACACAGCCAUCCUCAGGUGUGUUGUAGAAGACAAGAACUCAAAGGUGGCUUGGUUGAACCGCUCUGGCAUCAUUUUCGCUGGACAUGACAAGUGGUCUCUGGACCCCCGGGUUGAGCUGGAGAAACGCCAUUCUCUGGAAUACAGCCUUCGAAUCCAGAAGGUGGAUGUCUAUGAUGAGGGUUCCUAUACUUGCUCCGUACAGACACAGCAUGAGCCCAAGACCUCCCAAGUUUACUUGAUUGUGCAAGUUCCACCAAAGAUCUCCAAUAUCUCCUCGGAUGUCACUGUGAAUGAGGGUAGCAAUGUGACUCUGGUCUGCAUGGCCAACGGACGCCCUGAACCUGUUAUUACCUGGAGACACCUUACACCAACUGGAAGAGAAUUUGAAGGAGAAGAAGAGUAUCUGGAGAUUCUUGGCAUCACCAGGGAGCAGUCAGGCAAAUACGAGUGCAAAGCUGCCAAUGAAGUCUCCUCGGCAGAUGUAAAACAAGUCAAGGUCACUGUGAACUAUCCUCCCACUAUCACAGAGUCCAAGAGCAAUGAAGCCACCACAGGGCGACAAGCUUCACUCAAAUGUGAAGCUUCAGCAGUGCCUGCACCUGACUUUGAGUGGUACCGGGAUGACACCAGGAUAAAUAGCGCCAACGGCCUUGAAAUCAAGAGCACGGAGGGCCAGUCCUCACUGACGGUGACCAAUGUUACUGAGGAACACUAUGGCAACUAUACCUGCGUGGCUGCCAAUAAGCUGGGAGUCACCAACGCCAGCCUAGUCCUUUUCAAGCGUGUGUUACCCACUAUCCCCCACCCUGUUCAAGAAAUUGGCACCACCGUGCACUUCAAGCAACAAGGACCUGGCUCGGUGAGAGGAAUCAAUGGAUCCAUCAGCCUGGCCGUACCACUGUGGCUGCUGGCAGCAUCUCUGCUCUGCCUUCUCAGCAAAUGUUAAUAGAAUUAAAA